GAAUUAUUAAUAAAGAUUAAAAGGUUUUUUUUUCAGAAAAAUUUAGAUCAAGAUGGUGUUGGCUGAUCUUGGUCGUAAAAUAACGGCCGCCCUUCAUUCCUUGGGAAAGGCAACGGUUAUUGAUGAGGAGGUUUUGAACUCUAUGCUGAAAGAAAUCUGCGCUGCCCUGCUCGAAGCUGAUGUUAAUAUUAUGCUGGUUAAACGUCUCAGGGAGAACGUGAAGAAAGCUAUAGACUUUGACGAGGUUGCUCAGGGAUUAAAUAAAAGAAUUAUAAUUCAACAGGCUGUGUUCCAAGAGUUGGUUCAGCUAGUUGACCCUGGUGUUAAGCCCUACCAGCCCAAGAAGGGUAAAGCCAACGUGAUCAUGUUUGUUGGUCUGCAAGGAUCUGGUAAGACGACGACCUGUACGAAGCUAGCUUACUAUUACAAGAAGAAGAAUUGGAAAGCGUGCUUGGUGUGCGCAGACACUUUUCGUGCAGGCGCGUACGAUCAGCUCAAGCAGAACGCAACCAAGGCUGGUAUACCGUUCUACGGGAGCUAUACAGAGGUUGACCCAGCUGUUAUAGCUGGUGACGGGGUAGACAUGUUCAAGAAGGAAGGUUUUGAGAUUAUUAUUGUUGAUACGAGUGGACGUCAUAAACAGGAGGAGAGCUUGUUUGAGGAGAUGUUGGCAGUUUCUAACGCAGUAGGACCUGACAAUGUCGUCUUCGUUAUGGACGCUAGCAUUGGUCAGGCGUGUGAAGCACAGGCGAAGGCGUUUAAAGACAAGGUUGAUGUUGGUAGCGUUGUAAUCACUAAACUGGACGGACACGCUAAGGGUGGUGGUGCACUGUCUGCCGUAGCAGCCACAAAAUCUCCAGUUAUCUUUAUCGGAACUGGAGAACAUAUUGAUAAUCUUGAGAUGUUCGAGGAAAAAGCUUUCAUAUCUAAACUGCUGGGGAUGGGAGAUAUUCAGGGUUUGAUGGAUAAAGUGAAGGACUUGAAUAUGGACGAGGAACAGAUGAUGAAGGAUAUACAGAAAGGAAGAUUCACACUCAGGAACAUGUACGAGCAGUUCCAGAACAUCAUGAAGCUUGGACCAAUCAGCCAAGUUAUGGGAAUGAUUCCAGGAUUAUCCUCCGUCUUCGGACAAGCAGGAGGUCAGGUGUCUGAUCAGGAGAGUAUGAAGAGAUUAAAGAAACUGAUGACCAUCAUGGAUUCAAUGAACGACAAGGAGCUGGAUGAUAUGGAGGCUACUAAAACAUUUACCAAGCAGCCGACCAGGGUUACCAGGGUUGCCUGUGGAGCAGGAGUUACAGAGAUGGAGGUGCAUGCUCUCCUAGACCAGUACAAGAAGUUCUCUCAGGUUGUGAAACAGAUGGGAGGAGUCAAGGAACUUUUCAAGGAUGAAAAGCAGAUGAAGAACUUGAACCCUGCAAAGAUGGGGAAGGUGUACCAGAGUAUGGCGAAGGCAAUGGAUCCACAAAUGCUCAGGGCUAUCGGCGGUAUGUCUGGUAUUGAGAGUAUGAUGAAACAGAUGCAACAGGGCGGUCAACUUCCAGGAGGAAUGGGGAUGCAAGGUUUAGAGGCUAUGAUGAAGAAGAAAGGAAAGAAGUAGAGAAAAUAAACGAGUUCCCUGUGAUACCAGAGCCAGACAAAUUUUUAUAAAAUUUUGAAAUCUUUACAUAACAUUUCUAAAGGGUUGAAACUUAGAAAUAAUUGUCGAACAUGAACAACUGAUAUCUUGACAAAAUAUCUUAUUUUGAAAGGGUUACCCUAAAAGGAUGAGAAUUCAGAAACGAUUGUACUUCACGCAAUUUAUUUUGUUACUUCUAAUUGUUUUAGGUCGUCAUUAAAUAAAGUCUCAUCCGAUAA